AUGGGAGUAACCGAGACCUUCGUAUGCCUCGCGUUCAAUUUCACCCUGUGUUCCGUGCUGCCGUUCUCCCCCACCACGCUCCUCAUGCCCGCUAUAAGCACACGCGCUGGAGUCGCGCCGAGCCGCAGAGGAUGCGACUCUUCGGAAUUGUCGCGCGUCGUCGCCGUGGUCGCGAGCGCCGUGCAGGAGCAUUACAGCGUGACCCGCAUUUUCUGUAACGACGACUUCUGUUACAACUUCCCGCGAAUCAAGAACAGAUUUCGCCGCUCGUUCGCGAGCGAUCCUGACGGCAAUCCGGCCGGUCAGGCGUUCCUCCGUGACGCGUUGUGCGGGGAGUUGUACCUGAAGCGAGGCGCGCGCCUGUUCCCCAUGGGCGCGCCAAUGUCCCAGCCCGUGUCCAUAAUGCUGCGCGACCCAGUUCCCCCGCUCCCCCUGGCGGACGAGUCCCGCCUCUCCCUCUGCCUGCGCCGCGCGCUGCUCCCCCCGCUGCCCUUCUUCGUCCCGCUCGUCGCUCCGCCAACGGCGCUGGACCAGCAGCCGAAGAAGAAGGGCAACAGGGGGACCAUGAUGCCCCCUGGGGGCGGCGGGAACGUGAUGACGCGGCAGUUCAAUGAAGUGAUGAUCAACCUGGGCGUGCAGCAGGUCAACCAACAGAAAUUCGACGAGGCCAUCAACACCUUCACUCUGCUCCUCGACGAGCUGGGAAACAGUGCGCCGGCUCUCAUUGGUCGAGGCACUGCCUACGCGCUCUCGGGCAAGAUCAAGGAAGCCAUUGAGGAUUACUCGCUGGCAUGCGAGCUGGAGCCCAAGAUGGUGGACGCGUGGCGCAGGAGGGCCCAGGCGCGAGCUGCCAUAGGGGAAGUGGACGGGGCCAUUGAGGACUUCACCACGGCGCUCAGCCUGGAGAAGGGGCAGAUGGACCUGCUCAUGGAGCGAGGCAUGGUGUAUGCGAGGGCACGCCGUUUCUACGAAGCAGCCAAGGACCUGAGGGCGGUGGUGGCCGUGAUGCCCAAGGAGGAGAUGGCGCACGUUGCUCUGGCGGAGUCCCUGGUAGGGCUGGGCGAGACAGAGGAGGCGAUGGAGAUAUACGAGAAGGUGGUGGAUGCAAACCCGGGCAACAGGAUGGCGUGGCUGUACAUGGGACAGGCCGCUAAGGAACUCGCCAUGCCUGACAGGGCCGAGCAAGCCUACCGCAAGGCCACUCAGCUGGAGCCCAGGUUCGCCCAAGCGUACCGCGUGUGGGCGCUGCUCAAGCACGCAAUGGGCGACCACAAGCAUGCACUGGAGCUGGUGCGGGUGGCAAUGAAGCUCGAGCCGGAGAAUGUGGAGGGGCACUACAUCAAGGGGUCGUGCCACCAUGCACUGGGGCAGCUGCAGGACGCGGUGACGACAUACGAUGGUCUGUUGUCCAAGCCCACACGGCAGGAGGAGCAGCCAUUGCUCUUCAUGGCCUUCUACCAGAGGGAGGUGGCGCAGUUCACAGCGUCUCGCCUCAACAAGCCUCUCCGCGACUUUGACUUUGAAGACAACUUCGGGCCUGAGUUCAAGCAAGCAUGGGCCCGUCGGUCCGUGCCCACGGACCUCUUCCCUGCCUACCGCCCACAACCAUACCGUGCGGCAUUCGACAACCAGAUGAAACCAGAGAAGCAUAUGAGUGAGCAGGUGAAGCGGGGCAGGAAGGAGCUAGUCAAGGCUGCAGACACCGUUGGUGCUCGCACUCAGUACACUUCCCCCGGUUUCCUGCCCAACCAGAGGCAGCACCGUGCAGCAGGCAUGGCAGCACUGGAGAUGAUGCAGGCAGCACGCGCGACGUGUAGAGAGCCUUGGCCCUGUGACCCCAUCGUGUGGGUCGACCAGCUCACCCAGGAGGAGUUCGAAAAGGGCUUUGGUGCCGUGACUGCAAUGGUGCAGGGGCACUCCAAGAACCUCCGCUACUAUGCCAACUACGACAGGGCUUUCGCACUGAUCAGAGACGAGAUGUUGGAGCAGGGAGCAGUGGAAAUUGGGGACCUGACACAGAAAUACGAGAUUCCCGUUGAGAUGGACGCUGAGGUGGAAGCAGCGGAGACACCCGAGGAGCUGUGGAACGUGGUGGGGCAGAACUUCCUCAUCACCGUGCCAUGCUUCUCCACAGCGAAGCCUGACUACAUGCUCAACGGGACUACCCUAGCCAUCCGAAAGCUGGGCGAUGGGGCGUUUGACUUUGCCAUCAAGAUGCCCCUCACGCCCCCCCGGUGGAAGGAGUACGAUGCUGAACUCACUGCUGCAUGGAAGAACCUGUGUGAGGUGAUGGCAGAUGCCAAGAAGAGCAAGGACGACAAGCUGGUGAAGACCGCAAUUCUGCGUGUCGUCUACUACUGGUACAACUUCUCUCCCCUCUCCCGGGGAUCCGCCAUGGCAGGCUAUUCCAGCCUGCUCGGCCUUUUCCUGGCGGCAGGCAAGGAGAUCACUGCCAAGCCGCCUCCUGAUGUUCAGGUGGACUGGGAGGCCAUUUUGUCGCCGACACUGGAGGAGUUUAUAUCGAGGAUAUCCAAGUGGCUCUUUGUGGGGGCAACCGAUGCCGCGGAUUUCCAUGAUCUCUUGGAUGUGCACGAGGCGUUCCCCACCCAGCAGCGCAUGGCGUCGUAUCCGUCAGCAGGCCGACCGCAACAGCCGCCGCAAAACCUGCAGCAGCGGCCGGCGCAACCACUACCCCAAACAGGCGCCGCCAAACCGCCUGUCAAGCAAGAACCAGGCGGAGCGGCGGGAGGCGCCGGCUCCGCGGGGGGAACUGGCGGAAGCGCUUCCGCUUCCGCCUCCGCGAAGAAGGCGCUUCCGCCAGCCGCGUGCAGCGGGUGCGGAGCGACGGGAGGAGACCUUUCGCAGAGCGAGUGCGGACACAUGUCGCUCUGUAACGCGUGCGGACGGAGCAUGGCUGAGAAACAGGCCACGUGUCAGCAGUGCGGCGCGGUGGUGGAUAAGCUAGUUAAGGAGUUCCUAGUCCGCGUCAAGCCGGUCAGCAGAGACUAUUUUAUCGGGAAAUUUCCGCAGGGGCUGCCCGGACUGAAAAAAGGAGAUGAGAGGGGGUGGACGAUGAAACGAGAAGGGGUGCCUGCCGGGAGAGUGCUGUCCGAGGCUGCGCGGGCCAAAGCGCGCACGCGGCCAUUGCUACUAGAGGACGACACAGGCCAGGCGUCGUAUGUGGGGCACAUGGAGGGUGGGUGGCAGCACUCGGCGUAUUAUCUGCUCGUCAUGCACGGCAAGGAGUUUGUCGCCAUCCCCGCUAGCCAGUGGUACGCCUUUACGAAGCAAGCGCAGUACAAGACGCUGACCCUAGAAGAAGCAGAGCUGUGCAUGCAGUCUAAACGACGCAAGGCCGAUGGGUUUCGGCGGUGGCUCACCAAGGAAGAAUCCGAGAAGCUUCUCGCCGGGGGAGGGAAGGAAGGGGGCGGCGAGGACUGGGAGCACGACGAGCUGUUUUCAGAUGAUGACGAGGCGACGGCGAUGCAACCAGAGGACAAGGAGGACGAGAAGGAGCAGGAGCGAAGUCCGACUAAAGAGGCAGCAGCAGCAAUCCACCUAGCAGACAAGGAGGACGAGAAGGAGCAGGAGUGGAGCCCGACUAAAGAGAAGGGUUUCGAAUUUUAUUUCGCCCCUCUUCCCUUCUCCCUCUUCCUCCCCCCUCCUCCCUUCCCCCUCUUCCUCCCCCUCCGUCCGUCCUUCCCCUCUCCUCUGUCCGUUCAGGAGGAGGAGGAGGAAGAGGAAGAGGAGGAGGAGGGCGAGGGGCAGGCGGAAGGGGAGGGGGGAGCCCUAAGCCUCUCAGGCAAGGCCCUAAAGAAGCUGCUGCAUAAGGCUGGGAAGGGGAAGGGGGCUGGAGCAGCGGCGGGUGGGCAGGGGGCAGGAGGUGGGAAGGGGGAGGGGGGGGCAGCAGCGGCGUCUGUGGCUGCUGGUGCUGCUGCUGCGCUAAGUGCUGCUGCAGCAGCAGCGGCGGCAGCAGCAGGGAGGGGGCUGAAGCGGAAGGACCUGGAGAAGGGUACAACUGGGGGAGGUGCAUCUGGGGCAGCGGCAGCAGGGGCAAAGAAGGGGAAGGUGGAACCGGGGAAACGAACCCCCCCUCUGCCUGCGAAGCGGGAACCAGGGGCAGGGGGAGCUGCAGCAGGGAAGGCAGGGGGAGGUACAUCUGGGGGAGGUGCAUCUGGGGCAGCAGCGGCAGGGCCUAAGCCGACAGCGGUGACAGAGGAGGCGGUGAAGGGUAUUUUGAGGCAGGCGCCUAUCAAGAGUGCCGAUUUGGUGAACCGCUUCCGAUCGUGCCUCAAGACUGCCGAGGAUAAGAAGCGGUUCCAGGAGAUUAUCAAGAGGGUGGGCAAGAUCCAGGCAGUGAACGGCGAGAAGUUCAUCGUACUGCGCUGA